CAUCAACAAGAGUUCCGACGACUUCACACAUCACCAUACUCAGGAGCUCGGAGGCGCCGGCCGCAUCACGCAGCUCGACUUGACCCCAUCACCAGAGAAUGAUCCGAUAAUGAAGAACGCUCGAACUCGGUAGCCAGCAGCCUAGGAUCCUCGAAUUACACAAUGGCCAACCGUUAUGGCCAGUCGUACCGCAACGGCGGCAACUAUGGAGGUGGUGGUGGAGGAGGAGGAGGAGGAGGAGGUUACGGCAAUCUCAGUCGCCAGGACGAAGAGUAUGACCCAUACGGAGAGGGAUAUGGCAGCGACCGGUUCGCGCCGCCACCACGUCAGGCGGUGAACCAAAGCGCAGCUCCAAACUCAAAUUCAGACUCGGUCCAGUCUCGCUCCCGACAACCACCUCCGCCCUCACUCCGUAAUGGGCCACCACCACGAUCUGCCCAGCGCAACGAACGCGCCAUGCAGCGAUCCGCCCCAGAGACCAACGCCGAGCGCGAGAUGGGGAGGGUGCUCGAGCUGAUCAAGCAGGAAUGGCCAGCCAUGCUGGAGAACGACUGCAUCCCCGUACAGCUGGCACUACAGCUGCUCGACACCAGCUCGGUCGGCCGCGCCCACGAAUAUCGCAACUUUCGCCAAACGCACCAGUAUCUGCAAGACUCGCUCAAGAAGAUUGUCCACGAGUACCACCAGGGCUUCAACAGCUCCAUCGGAACCUUCCACAAGAUUCAGGGCAGCAUCCAGGCCUCGCAGAAAAAGGUGCGCUCCUUGAAGGAGUCUCUAGCCACAUCAAAAACGGCUCUAUGUGCGACAGACCCGGAACUGAAAAAGCUACACGCGACAUCUCGCAUGUAUGACGAUGUGCUACAGACAUUAAACGAGCUAGAUGAUUUGCGUACGGUACCGGAUCAGUUGGAAGCCAGAAUAUCCGAGAAGCGCUUCCUCACGGCCGUCGAAGUGUUGCAAAAUGCGUUGCGCAAACUAACGAAACCAGAAUUGGACGGGAUUGGGGCGCUGAGUGACUUGCGCAGCUAUCUUGGCAACCAGGAGACGGCACUGAUGGAAAUCUUGGUCGAGGAACUGCACGAACAUCUCUACUUGAAAUCCCCCUACUGCCAGGAGCGGUGGCAGAAUCUCACCAAACAUCAUGGAGCUAUGAACGAGGUAUUCCAGGAUACUUCCAAUCUUGCCCCAUUUCAUAUCAUUUUCGAGUCCAUCGAUUGGGACCGGUCUGUGGCUGAGGAUCCCCAAAAGAAUCCCGAGGCCGAUACUUUCUACUAUAUUACGCUCUUGGUUGAAUCUUUGAACAGAUUGGGCAGGUUAGAAACUGCCGUCGAUAUGUUGAAGCAACGACUGCCUGUUGAGCUCUUUGCUGUUGUCAACGAGACGAUCAACGAUAUUGACCAGAAGCAUCCUAGCUCAUUACGUGGUGGAUCGAACGGCUCUAACGGGUUACAUAUAUAUGGCCAGCGGGAGACCCAGAUGAGGGCAGAUGUCAUCUAUGACCUGCUCUGGACUCUCUAUGGCAAAUUCGAGGCGAUCGCCGAAGGCCACCGUGUGUUCCACGAGUCGAUCAAGUCCCUCAUCCGACGUGAGGGAGCCGGCAACAAUAUUGCUCUUCUGGGAAGUUUCAAGGAACUGUGGAAUCUCUACCAGAACGAAAUCCGCUCGCUGUUACACAACUAUGUCACUACCGACGCUGAUGUGUACCAGUUCCGCUCGUCACCGAGACCAGGCGGUGGUUUGAAUGGCCAUAUGGACGCCAGGGAACACCUCUUCAAGUUCUCGGAAGCGGACGCUAAGUCGGCGGAGAUGACGGCCGAGUAUGAAGCACUGGAUAAUAUUAUUCAGAAUGCUGUCCCUGGUUUGACUUCCAAUUCUGGAAAAAACAGCAAGAAGUCCGCAUUGGUGGUGCCACGGUCGGAUGCUGCGGCGACAAGGAAGAGCUUGGGGGCUGGGUAUGGCAGAGAGCAGAGCAGUGGGACAUACAAGUCGCUUGUUGAGCCGAGUGUCUUCAACAUGAGCCUACUGUUGCCACCGACGCUUGUCUUUUUGCAGCGUCUGAAAAGCAUCGUACCCCCUGGAUCUGACCUGGCGACGAGCACGUUGACGUCUUUUCUGGACAACUUCCUUGUCAACGUAUUCCAGCCUCAACUUGAUGAGACUCUUGGCAAGCUCAGUGAUACCGUCUUUGGGGAGGCGGAUGCUUUCUUGCAAGACUCGGAAUGGGCCCAUGUCGCCAAGAGACCUAUUUUCAAGGGGACAACCGCCUUCUUUACGGUCAUCACAGCCUUCUGCCGCAUGCUGGGUACGAUCCCACAUGAUCAGGCUCUCAGCUCACUGAUCAUCACUCAGAUGUUGAGAUACUACGACCGCUGCUUCAACUGGUACAAAGCUCUCGUCACCAAAACCCAAGAAGAAGCAUCCACUUCCGAAGAACUCCGUGCCUCGGCAGUCAUGGCACUGGAACCUAGUGAGAUUCACGACACGGUGAUGAGCCUCUGGAAGGCAGAGACUUCGGGAGCAACAGAAGAGUUCGAGGAGCUUCUCCGGAAAGAAGCGGGCUUGUUGAUUGCUAAAACGAACGAACAAAAGCUGGAGGCAAGCGAUAUCAUCCAGGACAGGGAUACGAUCUCGUCGCUGUGCCUGCUGUACACGAGCAUGAAGUGGCUCACGGUUAAGGUUAUGGGCCUGCGGCACAUCACGAAGAACGAGAACGACACGUCGACCAAGCCGUCGGCGGCGACGCUGCCGAAGCCGGAGAAGAAGAGGUGGACGUUGCUGAAUGACCCUAAUAAGGCCACGGCGGAGGAGGGGCCGGUGUACCUGCCUAUGACGCAGGAGACGGUGCAAUCCUUCGACAGCAUCCUAACUUCCUACGAGGAACUCGCCUCCAUAGCCCUCCGCACCCUUCACAUGGAGGUCCGCUGUCGGAUCGUCCACUCCCUCUCCCUCGCCCUUUCCCCUACCAUCACAGCACCCUACACCCUCGACCAAAUCGUCACGGAACCCGACCAAGAAAUCUUGUCCCUCAACGCGGAGAUGGUCGCCUACGAUGAAACCACCACCCGGUAUCUCCGCGAACGAGAAGUCCUCUUUAUCCGCCGUGGACUAGGUCUGUUGAUAAACGCCUAUCUCAUCAAGAUCGCGCCCGUGGUAUCCCACCCGAUGAACCUCAACGGCUGUGGGAGGAUGAAACUGAACGUGAGGGUGUUGCAGCAGAACCUGAAGAACAUUGAGGAAGGUGUGGACUUGGGGAGGGCGAUGGGGUAUUUUGAGUUGUUUGAGAAGGGGCCGGAUGCGAUUGUUGAGCGGGCGAAGCAGGAUGCUGGGCGGCAGCAGGGGGGGGGGAGUAGCGAGGAGGGGGGGAAGAAGGGGGAGGGGUAUAGCUAUGAUGAGCUGAAGGCGCUGCUGGAGCUGUGCUAUAGUGAGCAGCUGGCUGAUCGGGAGAGGGGGGUGGCGGCGCAGGCGAAGAGGCAGUUGGGGGAGAGGUUGUUGGGGUUGAGUGAGUAUAUGUGGCAGCAAUAGUUUUUAGAGGGGGGUGUUUAAAUCUUUUUGGGGGGUUAUGGUAUGAUAGGAAUGAGAAAUGGUUGAAAUGUGAGCGGUGGUGUGUUUACUUGGUGAUGGGUUUGAGAGGUGCUGUGGCAUUCUGUUCUGUGCAGUUGAGUAUUUUACUCCAGGAAGAGAACCCUUAUCGGAGUAUGAUUCGCUGGUAUAGAGCACGAAAUAUGUUGCUAAGUGCCUCCUUCAGACUUACAAGUUUUUCAGGUAAGGUUAUGAGGACUUGAUAGGAAUCCUACAGCGAGGACUAGUGUGUGGCUCUGUCUCAGCCUUCACAUCAACCUGACAGUGGAUCAACUUGUAAUAUCGGCGGGCUACUUACGCAAAACCCUGUGUCUUCGAUAAGACAUGAGGAGCUGUGUCUUAGCAGCUCUUGUCUGA